CGAUAUUUGUGUUUUCUUACAAUAAGAAGAGAGCGUCACCGUCACGCUCCUUUACAUACCUAUUUCUCUCUGAAUUCCCACCAGCCACCAAUUCAUUCAUGAGCCUUGAAAAGCUCACUCGUCGUCACCCUUAAGUUGAACCCUGCUUCUCCUUCUCCAGUCUCUACAUAUACACACAGACGUAGUCUCAGUUCAUUCAUCUGCCAUCUUUCUCUUUCUUCUAUCUUUUUGCUUCAGUUUCAAUGGCUAUGUCUUUCUCAUCGAGAUCAUCAUAUUUGAAUGUCAAAACCAAGAAAACCAAUCUGUAUUACAUAAUUCUGAUAACGAUCUUGUGCACAAUCUCUUUUCUUGUUGGCGUAUGGCACCACUCUGGUGGCUCUCUAAAUCCUUCGGCAAAAAAAUCCAGCCUCAUCGAAUCCUUUUCAUGCGCCUCAUAUGGAACAAACACAACAACGACAGAACACAUUCUUGACUUCUCAGCCCAUCACUACGGCGCGGACCCUCCUGCUACGACGGCGCGUGUCACCCAGAUCCCUCCCUGUGGCUCUAAGUACACAGAGUACAUCCCAUGCCAUGACGUUCAAAGAUCGUUGAAAUUUGAUAGAGACAGGCUUAUUUAUAGAGAGAGACAUUGCCCUGAAAAGAACGAGUUGUUGAAGUGUCGUAUACCGGCUCCCUACGGUUACAAGGUGCCGUUUAAGUGGCCAGAAAGUCGAGAGUUGGCUUGGUACGCUAAUGCGCCACAUAAGGAGUUGACAGUGGAGAAAAAAAACCAGAAUUGGGUACGGGUUGAAGGAGACCGGCUCAGGUUUCCAGGAGGCGGGACAAUGUUUCCUCGUGGUGCUGAUGCUUACAUUGAUGAUAUCGGCAAGUUGAUCAAUCUCAAAGAUGGCUCCAUCAGGACCGCCAUUGAUACUGGCUGCGGGGUUGCGAGUUGGGGAGCUUUUCUUCUGUCAAGAAAUAUUAUAGCAAUGUCAUUUGCGCCAACAGACACUCAUGUGUCGCAGGUGCAGUUUGCUUUAGAACGAGGAGUUCCAGCAUUGGUUGGGAUCAUGGCUUCUAUGAGACUUCCUUACCCUUCAAGAGCUUUUGACAUGGCACAUUGUUCUCGUUGCCUCAUUCCUUGGGGCCAGUACGAUGGACUUUACUUGAUCGAAGUUGAUCGAAUUUUACGGCCUGGUGGGUACUGGAUUCUGUCCGGACCACCGGUGAACUGGGAAAAUCAUUGGAGAGGGUGGAACAGAACGGCUGAGGAUCUUGAAGCAGAACAGUCAGGAAUAGAAACUGUUGCCAAGAGUUUAUGCUGGAAAAAAUUGAAGCAGAAGGGCGAUAUCGCUAUUUGGCAAAAGCCAACUAAUCAUCUCCAUUGUCAAGCUAACAGAAAGGUCUUUAAACAGCCACACUUUUGUAAAGCUCAAGAUCCAGACAUGGCAUGGUACACCAAAAUGGAGGCUUGCUUAACCCAAUUGCCUGAAGUGUCCGAUGUAAAGGAAAUCGCAGGGGGGCAAUUAGCAAAAUGGCCAGAGAGGUUGACUGCAGUCCCUCCUAGGAUUUACAGAGGAAGUUUGAACGGAAUUACAGCUGAAGUGUUUAGAGAAGACACGGAACUGUGGAAGAAAAGAGUGGCACGUUACAAAGCUGUGGACCAUCAGUUGGCACAAAAAGGGAGGUACAGGAACUUACUUGAUAUGAAUUCUUAUUUGGGAGGCUUUGCAGCAGCCUUAGUUGAUGAUCCAGUGUGGGUCAUGAACAUGGUCCCUGUUGAAGCUGAGAUCAAUACCCUUGGAAUCAUCUAUGAACGUGGCUUGAUAGGAUCAUAUCAGAAUUGGUGCGAGGCCAUGUCAAAUUAUCCACGGACUUACGACUUCAUACAUGCUGACUCUGUUUUCAGUCUCUACAAGGACAGAUGUGAAAUGGAAGAUAUGUUGAUAGAGAUGGAUAGGUUAUUAAGGCCAGAAGGGAGUGUAAUUAUCAGAGACGAUGUUGAUACAUUGGUGAAGAUCAAGAGCUUGACAGAUGGCAUGCAAUGGGAUGGCAGGAUUGCCGAUCAUGAAGAAGGCCCCCAUCACAGGCAAAAGAUCCUAUUUGCAGUUAAACAGUACUGGACAGCCCCCGCUUCUGACCAAGGGACCGGUGGUAUAGCUUCAUAGUCAAUAUAUAUCUGCUCCUGUUGGUAGAAAUAUAUAUUUUUAUACAUCAAUUAAAGGUCACUUUCGUUUUAUUCAUUUUAAUAAUUAUGUACGAUUGUUUUAAAUAUUAUUUUUAUACAAAAACCUUAAGUCAA